CAAUUUUAAAUUAUUUAUCACCCCGCAAUAAUUGUUGCAUUUGAGGUGUUCAGAUGAUAAGCUUCGACAACCCGGGACUAUUCUAUCAGGAACGAUUUUUUGCGACAGAUGAAGAUAUACAAGAUGAGGGACGUGAAUUAAUUGCUGAGCAUAAGGAAACCGUCGAGUUGUUCCGGAAUUUUAUCCGUGAAUAUAAUGUUGGUGGAUUUGGUCUUGUUUAUAGGGAUCAGUUGAAAAGGAAUUGUAGCCUUGGGAAACAUCAUGUGGAAAUAUCAGUGGAUGAUUUAAAGGGUUUUAGUGAACCUUUAGCAAAUAAGUUACAUCAGUAUCCUGGACGAUUUCUUACCGCUCUUGAAGAAGCGGCAAAACUUGUUGCUGAUGAGGUAAUGCAAGGUGUUGAAGAUGUGGCUGAAAUUCAUGAUAUACAGGUGACACUUCGUACCGAUGAGCUUGCGCAGAGUAUUCGACAACUGAAAAGUGCCCAAGUAUCUCGUUUGGUUAAAAUAUCCGGAAUUAUAGUUGCUGCAUCACAAGUAAGAGCAAAAGCCACUCGCAUUUCGAUUCAAUGUCGAACAUGUCGGCAUACCAUAACCAAUAUUGAUCUGAAGCCCGGACUCGAUGGUUUUACAUUACCACGCAGUUGUGGAGCGUAA